CCUAACCUCAAAAACUAAAUGUUUGGAUUUAAUCCACUCGCGUGACUUUUGUGUUUAUUUGUCUUUGUUUGUCUUUGUUUAUAUCGUCUCAUUAAAUAUUUAUUAAAAAACUGAACUCCACAAAUUUGUCACAUUAAUGUUAACCAACAAACGAAAGUUUAAACCUUUAAACACCUCGUAAAUAUCCAUAGUUUAAUAAUUUAACGUCGUAGUGUAAAAUUAUUGUUGAAAAAGCUUUUUUCCUUUCCUCUCUCUCUUUUUUUUUGCAUUUUGCUAAGGAAAUUAGUGUCAAAUUUUCGGAAUCAUUUUUUUUUUUUAAUGCGAAUGUAGUUGUUUUAAUGAAAAAUGUCGAAAAAAGUUCCAGUCAGUCAAAAUCAAAAACUGGGAUUUAGAGAACUUUUGAGUAAAUUUAAUCGAGCAGAAACGAGUACUCCGAAGUCAAAGAAAGAUGAUUUUUUGGACGACGAUGACGACGAUGAUUUCGAGGAGCCUGAAAAAUUGAAUAAAAUUCCUGAAUUAUUUAAAAAACAUGAAUUGAAGAAAAGUAAUUCAAUUAUUUCAAUUCCGAGUUCCGAGGAGAAUUCAUUUAUCGGCGAACUAGAGACAAAUUCGGCGGUUUACGUUGAGGAUUCAAUUGAGGAAAAUGCACGUCGCAAUUCUCAGAAGGAAAAUUUUCAAGCGGCAACGAAUGAAUUUAAAGAAAUUGUAAAUAAAAAUGCAGAGCCAUUAACUGAUGACGAUAAAUCGAAAAUAAUCGCAUCAAAUUCAAAGGCAAUGAAAAUAUUAAUGAAAAGUCCGGGGAAAAAUAAUUUAACGGAGGAAAAACAAAAUUUACAAAAAUUAGAAAAUUUUGAGGGAGCAAAAAAAUUAUUAUCAUUAUCGCCAAUUAAAAAACGUUUGGGUUUGAAUAAAUGUAAAAAAAAUGCCGAAGAAUUUCUCCCAUCCGAUGAUUGUGAAUCGCCGAGAAAAUUAAUGUCACCAGUUAAGAAGAAUUCACCGAUGAAAAAAUUAACAUCGCCGAAAAAGGAAUUAAAGGGUCCGGACGUUAUGGUCAACAUGAAACCUUUGGGUUUCGAUAAAGAACUUCAAAAUUGGAUUCAAAAUGUGAAAAGUAAUCCCGUCAUUUCUGAAACUCCGACGAAUCGGCAAAAUUUAGAAACGAAUUACGAGAAAUUAAAGGACCUUCAAAUCGAGGCGUACGAAAAAUAUUUCAACGCCUUAAUUUUAAUUCCCGUUGAAAUUUUACGACAAUUUCCAAAGUUCGACGUCGAGAGUUACGAGAGUUUGAAAAUGCUGUCGAAACGAAUAAAAGCAAAGACAUUGCGUAUCGGUAAAAAUUUAAAGGAAUUAAAGGAGGAGGAAGAAGUGAAAAGGGAGAAAUUUUCCAAUUCAUCAGACAAUUUUCCCACUUCAGCCGAUGAUCUCGAUGAAUCAAUAUCAAUGAAAAUUUCACCAUCAAGCAAUACAUUUGAAAGUCCAAAUUUAAAUUACGUCUCACUCACUGAACGAAUAAAGAAUACAAACAACGCUGAGAAUAAUUUUGUGGAAAAAUACCAGCGUAAUUUGAAUGAUUCGGAAAUAAUGCAAUCGCCAGAUGUGAAGAAGAGUUCGUUUAAAGUGAGAAGACCGGUGAAAACAAAAAUGGAAUUAACCAGUGAAUUGUGCGAUAAAGAUCCGCAAUUCCAGAGGGAAAAUAAUCAACAAGAGAGAAAAAUUGAAAUGAGAACAAAUAGUCAACAGGAGAGGGGAUUUGAAACGAGUAAUUUUAAUAAUAUUGGAAUGUUUGUUGAGAGAAAGACGGAAUUUCAGAAUCCAAGUAAUAAUUACGAGACUCCGGAUAAAGGAAUUGCGAGGUUUAACAGCGCUGUGCCUUCGAGUAGUAAAUCGAAUUCCUGGUCGAAUAUCGAUGAUAAUUUAGCUGAAGAAUUUUGCGCAGGUUCGCAUUUUAUUGAGGAUUCUUUCACGGAGAACGUUUCAAUGUCAGUUUCAGUGAAUUCUACACCUAAGAGAACUGAGUCGGCAGCAUCGGCAGCAAAAUACGGCGAUAGUUCAUUUGAAAUUGGUCGAUUCACUGGAAACUAUACAAACGACGGAGUAAGUGGGGAAUUCGAUUCGAAAAAUUAUCCGCAUUCGAAGGAAAUGCUUAAGGUUUUUAGGCAGAAAUUCGGUUUGUUCUCGUUCAGACCAAAUCAGUUGCAAGCGAUAAACGCAACGAUGUUGGGACACGAUUGUUUCGUAUUGAUGCCAACCGGAGGUGGUAAGUCUCUGUGCUACCAGCUCCCGGCACUAUUGACUCCUGGCCUGACAGUCGUUAUUUCUCCCCUGAAAAGUCUCAUCAUCGAUCAGGUCCAAAAACUCACCUCCCUCGAUAUUCCUGCGGCUCAUUUAUCGGGGACAGUGACUGAACAACAGGCAGAGAGGAUCUACAGGGAAUUGUCGAAGCAAGACCCGGCUCUGAAAUUACUUUACGUGACGCCGGAGAAAAUUUCGGCGUCGGUUAAAUUUUGCAAUUCACUGAAGACACUGUAUGAGAGGGGUCUUCUCUCGAGAUUUGUCAUCGACGAGGCGCAUUGCGUGAGUCAAUGGGGACACGAUUUUCGGCCCGAUUACAAAAGACUCAAGUGCCUACGGGACAAUUAUCCGAAUGUGAAAACAAUCGCUCUCACUGCCACUGCAACGCCGAGAGUCAGGACUGAUAUUCUACAUCAACUCGGCAUGUCGCAUCCAAAAUGGUUUAUGUCAAGUUUCAAUCGACCAAAUUUAAGGUACAGUGUGAUUGCAAAAAAAGGAAAGAGCUCGAUAGAGGAAGUCAUUGCAAUGAUUCGAUCGAAAUUUCGCAAUGACUGUGGAAUUGUUUACUGUCUCUCGCGUAAUGACUGUGAUAAUUAUGCCACGGAAUUGAAGAGGAACAGCAUUAAAGCCUCAAGUUAUCAUGCCGGACUUACGGACUCGCAAAGAAGUGAUGUCCAAGGUCGUUGGGUGGCUGAAGAGGUAAAAGUUGUCUGCGCGACAAUAGCAUUCGGCAUGGGGAUCGACAAGCCAAAUGUGCGAUUCGUACUUCACGCGUCACUUCCAAAGUCAAUCGAGGGCUACUAUCAGGAGGGCGGCAGGGCCGGUCGCGACGGUGAAUUCGCCGAAUGUGUUCUCUUCUACAAUUACUCGGACAUGCACAGACUGAGGCGAAUGAUUGAAUUGGACAAGCCAUCGCAGGCCGUUAUCAAGACAAACAUGGAUAAUCUCUUUCAAAUGGUUGCAUUCUGCGAGAACAAAACCGAUUGUCGCCGAGCAAUUCAAUUGAAUUAUUUUGGUGAAAUUUUCGAGAGGGAAAAAUGUAUCGCGAAUAAAAAUACGGCUUGUGAUAAUUGUCGGUGUAAGGGACAAUUCACGGUUAUGGAUGUGUCGCAGGACGCGAGGGAGAUCAUUAGAGCUGUUCAGGAAAUUACCAACGCGAGACGAAUUCGAUUGACGUUGCUCUAUUUGACGGACAUUAUCAAGGGUUGUGAUCUCAAAAAAAUCAGGGAUGCUGGUUUAACGACUCAUCCGAUUUAUGGAAAGGCGAAAUCGUGGAAUAAAGGCGAUAUUGAGAGACUUUUACAUAAACUCGUCAUUGAGGGUUAUCUCUGCGAGGAAAUGUAUAUUAACAAUGAAAUCGCUUGUGCUUACAUUCAAAUCGGACACAAGGCGAACGAAUUUAUGACGAACAAAAGCGCAAAGAUAACAUUCCAUACUCGCGAGGCAAACACAACGUCGACUGCAGUCGCAACUGUAACAACUGUUACUAAACAAAAAAAUCCGGCAUUAGCCGAAAUAGAAGAAAAAUGCUACAAAGAAUUAUUGACGAUUAUCAAAGGAAUUGCCGGCGCUCUAGACGUUUCCUCCUCAUCGAUUAUGAAUAUGAUUGCAAUUCGUGCAAUGUCAAUGCAAUUGCCAAUAGACGAGGAGUCAAUGCUAAAAAUUCCCCACGUCACUAAAGCAAAUUUCGAUAAGUACGGAAGGGCGCUUCUCGAUGUCACUCAAAAAUAUGCAACCGAGAAAGUUGUGCUGGAGACUGUAAUGGAAAAUGAAAGCGAGGAAGAGGAUGAUAGUGACUUGUGGCAGGUCGAUGCAGCUUCCACGUACAGCAGCGGAAGUACCUCGAGUUUUGGUCGAAAACGUAAAGGAAGAGGUGGACAACGAGGGGGAGCGAAAAGAUUCAAAAGAGCUUCUAGUUCCCAACGUGGAAAAUCAACAGCAACUCGAGGCAAAGCGACAAGGGGCAAAACGACGGACAGUAAAAGUCGAGGUUCCCGAGGUGGGUCAACGUCGUCUCGAGGCGCCUCAACGAGUCGUGGCCUUGGUUUAGUUGAAUUUGGUCAGAAGAAAAAUUUCACCGAUCCCCGCUUCACGUCUUUUAAUUAGAAACUCUUAAAGUAUUUUUUUUAAAUCUAAACGAACUUCUAGAACAAUUUUUUUUUUUUUAAAAAGACGUUAACUGCGUGUAUUAUAAGAGACUGUGUAAAUAAGAUAGUUAUUUUUUUUUUACAAAAAACUUAAAAGUUAAGUAUUUAUUAAACUAAGAAAACACGACAAUUUUUCAAUUAUAAUUCUAAGGAGAGAAUUAUUAUCAUGCUUUUUAUAAAGAUUCCAUUAAGCGAAUCUCAAAAAACAAGUUUUUCUCUCAUUUUUUUUCUUUUAACUCUCGUGACCUGUCGUAUUUUCAAUUAAAAAUAGAAAACCAAAUGUUUCAUUUCUUAUAAAAC